AUGAACUUCUACAUGCCCUCGUCCAAGCCCCAGUCGCCCUCUGGCUCUCCCUCCAACACUGCCGAAAUCCUUGGUGCCCUCGUCCAGAUGAUCGCCGAAAAGCAAAACAUCGAGCCGCUUGAGUUUGUCGGCUGCCUCCUCCGCUCGCCGUCCCUCAUGGCUCCCUCGGCCUCCCAAUCGCCCCAGCCCAUGACCGCCUCGCCCGAGCUCUCCUCGUCCUCGUCGUCCUCCUCGUGUCUGCCCUUGCUCUCCAACUCUCUGAUCGCCCAGUCCCUCGCCAACCAGCUCACCCAGGCCGCCGCUGCCUCGCUGCCGCCUCCGGCCUGGAUGGGCGACUCGAUCCUCCCUGUCUCCUCCGAUCCCUCGACCCAGAUCUUCCCCGACAUGUCCGACAGCGAGAGUUUGCAGCUCCUCAACUUCCCCUCCUUUGCCCUGGAGAUGUGCAAUUCCUGCUCUGUCGACCAGUCCGCCGCCUUCUCCUUCGAUUCGUCCCCCAUCCAGAGCCUCGGCUGCGACUGCUCCGCCAUGGACUCGCUCACUCCUCCCAUCUCGCCCAUCUCCUCCGAUCUCGAUCUGAGCUACUUCACCCCUGACUCGCUCUGCGAAUCUUCCGACUGCCACGGCCACGGCAACUUCCUCUUUGACACCCCUCUGGCCAGCCCGAGCUCCUCGAUCGACUCCAUCACCUCCUUCCAGACCGUCUCGGGCCCACUCGGUGCCUCUGUGGAUGCCUUUGCCCCCGCCGGCAUCUCUCCCAGCACCAUCUCGAUGGACCUGCCUGUGGAUUCCCUCGGUGGCCUGAUGACCCCGAUCUCAAGCCACUCGGGCUCGCCAGCCAUGUCGUGUCCCGUCGCCAUCCCGAAAAACUCCAUGCCUGCCAAGAUGCCCACUCCCUCAAGGAUGUCGUGUACAUGCACCAUCGACGGCUGCGGCAAGGUGUUCACCAGACGCUACAAUCUGAUUUCGCAUGUGCGAUCAACACACUGUCGCGAGCGGCCCUUCAGCUGCCUGUACUGCCCGUCGGCCUUUGCCCGCCGCCACGAUCUCCGCCGCCACCUGCAAAGCAUGCACAAGUCUUCGCCCGAAGAAGCCUCCGAGAUUGCCGGCAACGUCGAGCCCUCGUCGCCCAAGCACAGCAUCGACCCCGAACUCUACGGCGGCAAGCGCCGCUGCCCAAGUACGGUCCCUCGCAAGGUCAAGCGUCCGUCAAGUGAAUAA